UUUUCAAUGGAUAAAAUUGCUUUUAACUUAAACUAUUGUUCUAGCUGUGAGAUACCUUUCCAAAUGGACUACAUGGCUGGUUCGAGCUCCAAUACUAAAAUAGGAAGAAAAGUGACGACUUUCUUUUUUAGACUUUUCUUCUUUUUCAGAACAAGGGAACUCCUACAUUUUCACCUCAUCACAUCAGAAAAAUGCCAUGCAUCCUAAAAAUCAGGGUCAUUGGAGCCAGGGAUCUACCUGUAAUGGACAAGGCAUCUGAUCUAACGGAUGCCUAUGUCGAAGUCCGCUUUGCUGAUUUUGAAGCCCAACGCACAACUGUCUGUCGUAAGACAUUGAAUCCAGUUUGGAACGAGGAUUUUCGAUUUGAAGUGACAGACGACGCAGAUCUUCAAAACGAGCCGCUGGAACUCAAAGUAUUGGACUAUGAUGCUAUAACCGCUAAUGAUUCCGUAGGGUCUGUGUUCAUUGAUUUGAAUCCUCUUUUACCAGUUAAUUCGCCUUGGCAAAUCGCAGGAUGGUUCCCAAUAUAUGACACAAUUCGGGGUGUUCGAGGGGAAGUUAAUGUUCAGGUCAAACUGCAGUUUUUUGGCGACGUUAACCCAUUUAAGGAUUCAUCGGCUGGGAUUAUGUUCUUUUCUACAACGUCUUUACCAGCUGGAUAUCAAAUUGUCGCGAUGCAUGGUUUCGUGGAUGCGAUUGUUAAUGAAGAUGAUCCUGAGUACCAUUGGAGUGACAGCUUUCGCACGCAGCGAUCGUCGAACGAGGCUAGACAAAGACUCCUCUUCAGGCUCUCUGGACAGCUUCGCCGCUUACUGGGGAAGGAGACAUUGGACAUGGGAGGAAAUGCUGUCUUGGGAUAUCAGCAGUGCUUUGACUUAGAAAGCGAAGAACAUGCUAUCACUGCACGUGCUGUUGGGACAGCCGUCAAAAUUGCUGUCGUUACAAGUUCCACACCUCAACUCAGUGAGAAGAUACAAGCAGUCGCCUUGAAUGAUCUUCACACAGAGGAUAUCCUCUCAUCGACUUUGGAUAGCGCACAAAGAACCAGCCCAAUUAAUGCCAAUACAGAAGGUGUACCUCCUUCAUUGGCUCAACGACGGCGAGAGUCCUCAAUCUCGACAGAAACUAGUGGCAGUACAAAUUCUGCUCCUUCGGUUGCCAGUGGUGCCAAAAACAGUAUCAAUAACUAUAAGUACCUGGAGCAGCAAAUAUUUACAUUACAUGAAUUCCCACCAGGAACAGUGUUCAAUCUAGGAGGCAUUGUCAGCGCAAGAUCCGUGAAGCUUAUUGAAAAUGAUGAUGUCGAGACGCGUGACGCCUGGUGGAAUGAGUUAAGGGAUGAAAUUAAAUCGCACGCACGUGUGCUCGGCUGUUCUCAUGUUAUUGGUUAUCAGGAGGCUGCUACUAUCAACGAUGAGCUUAUUGUACUUUCAGCCGUAGGGACAGCAGCUAAUCUUGAUAUGACAGCGUUUACUCCGGGCUUUUUUGAUGCAAACAAAAACUUGUCGCGUUCUGGCAGUAUCAGCCGAUCUUAUGUCGACAAUCCUGCUGAUAGCUUUUCAUCAUCUAUCGGCGGAGCCAAAGCGAGCCUCCAAAAUUCGCUCAAAGAGCAACAAUGGAUGGAGUUGCUCGCUAAACGUAAGAGCAAACGAAAACAACCAUCAGCCUGUAGGAUGUGUCAUAUUCCAUUUCAUCGAAAAUCAUCGCCUUUCCCAAUGAGUUUGGUCAAAUGUCAAAAAUGCAAGAAAAAAUACGUCCCUGAAAUACUACUUAGCACAGUUGAACCACCAGCAGAGUUGGGAGUAGUUGGGCAAAGCGCUUUUGUGGAGGCGCACGUCUGCCGAGCUAAAAAAAGAAAGGACGGAGAAUCGAAUGCAACUAUUGUUAGUGAUGCGAUUCCUUUCGUAGAGUAUGACCUGCAUCGUCAACUUAUGUACAAACUGAAAAUUCAUGGAUUGAAUGCCAUAUUUGGACUUCGUUUCCAACUCACUAUAGGUGAUUCCCUUAUUGUUGCUGUCGCAAGCGGCACGGCUAUGUAUCUCUCCGCUUUACCUACUCCUCCAGCGCUCAGGAUAUCCAGAAAUCUUGAUGUCAUUGAUGAAGAAGACAAAAAAUUACUGGAAAUACAGCGCAAGAUCAUGGAUCUCUCAGAAAAAAACCGACAAAAUCUGGAGGCAGAAAAAUUGAAAGAACAGGAUGACGGAGAGCCAAGUACAAUAUUACCUCUUAGUGAUGGUGUCCAAGCCGCGCAACCAGAUGAUGACAGCUCGGGUUCAAGUUCAGAUUCAGAUGACGAAGUAGAGAAGGAGAAUUAUCAAACUAAUGUUGUAAUCCAGAUUGAUGAUGACGCUGACGAAGACCUCAUGGCUGUCCUAUUGGACCCCGUUUUCACCGAUGGAUUUCUCCUCUGCAGUACAGAGACGCUUCCCAACCACCCGUACUUCGUUAGCACAGAUCCUAUGAUACCUGACAAUGCCCAUUUGAUCACCACUGUUAAGCAGGGCCAUAUCAACAUGAUAUCCCAUCAUCCUAACCGACAACUUGCUGCACUCUUUCGGUCUAUAUAUGAGGACCUUCGAUUUCGAUUGUCAUACUUCACUGACUGCGUUCUUGCCGGCAUAUCAUACCAUAUUCAGCUGCCACGAGCAAAUGAGGUUCAAAUUCAGCUAACAGGGGUUGCUCUUGGGCAACAGCGCCAGGCAGAUGCGUUAGAACCUCUUGGUGUUCCGAUUACACUCUCUCCUUGGAGAUCAAUUCCAAGUUCAGCGAUCCUAACCGCCAGUCAUUCUAGAGCAGAUUCAGAAAAUGGACUUUAUCUAACAGGCGCUUCUCCUAUUACAGCAAGACCUACAGCAGUCGAUGAAUCUAUGGUUUUCCAAAUGGACGAAUACCCAUUAUCUGAGCCAUCGAGGUCGGCUCUUUCGACACAAGCUGCAAUGGGGCCCAUUGACAUAUCUAAGGAUCUUGAAACCAGCCGAGUGUCAUCACACCAAGUAAUGACUCAAACACCAGGUGACAAAAUCACGGAAUCCACUUCUACCAUAGUUCCAGACACGGCAAUUCAUGACCAUAAUUGUCGAAUUCGUGCUAUCGGUAAUGAAUCCAGCUCUCAAGAAGAUGGCUCUGGCAUUCGAGUCGGUGACUAUUCCCUGCAAGACAAUCUAUCACAGAUUCCAUCAGCUGUGAGUUCGAAUCUGGCGCCGCCACAGAAUCUAGCAAAGCACUCCAACUCCUCAAACGGAAGUCAGCAUAGCGAAAACAAUUUUGGAGUGGGGGCGACUAGACCAAGAUAUCAAUUUGGACGCAAUGGACGUCAGCAGUCUAUAUCCUCUACUCUUGGUCCGCAGGAGCAAGUAGAGGAGCUAGGUAGGCUCACACUAUUACCUAUGAUGCCUGCUGAUCGACCCUUCAUUGAGAUGACGCCACUAUCCUUUAUCCCGGGAAGAACUCCGACUCGAUAUUUGGGUAAACUUUCAUUACACUUUGUCAAGGAAACACACAUUUUGCAUGAUGCGACCGUCUCUAGUGGAAUGGGUGGGUUUGUGCACGUGUUUUUGAUGGAGAUUCAGGCCGUAGCAAGAUCACAUGUGGCAGCAUUAGGCGGGGAUGCUAUUCUUGGCCUGCGUGUAGACGAGAGUUUUUUCCAAGAGAGUGUCAAGAAUCAGGGAUAUGCACUGAUUUCUAUCAGUGGAGACGUUGUCGGCUGUGCAUUAUUGGACGAAGAAUCAGUCUCAUCCCAUUCUUCCGAUUCUGAGGAUGAAAAUAGACAAGGAGGAGAUGCGAUCAAUGGGGGUGGGGGAGAUUCCGACAGUAGCACUGAGGGUCACACAGCAAAACUAGGUGGAUGGCAGAGUAGUAAGGGUAUUAAUGGCAUGGAUAUUCCGUCAUCGACACUUCAGAGCGAUGAAUAGCUUUUAUACUAUGUAUAUUGUAUUUUAUGAUGCAUUAAUAUUAGACAUUAUGAAAAGAAUCUACAGUUCUGUACUUGACUCAAGCAUACGGUGAUAUAUCCGAAUGCCUGGUCGAUGAUUGUACUGAGCAAAGCCAACCAAGUCUUCUUCUGAAAGAUUAUUGGACAAGCCGACUCCAACAUGAACAAGUGUUGGUAAUCGUGCUUUUAACUCCUUAAGAUCAAUGAGUUCUAAGCUGUGAUUUUGAAGGAUGGUGAAUUUUUCGAGUCGAUCCAACUGGCAUAGAUAUGAGACUAGAU